AUGGCCAAGACCAAAGAGCUCUACAACUCCAGCAGCCUGCUGGUCAGCUGGGAGCCGCCACCCGCACACGACGGCGGCAGCAGCAGCAUCACGGGGUACACGGUCGCAUACAGGGAGCUGCCCAGCCAAGCUGACGAACCAGCUGACGAACCAGCUGACGAACCAGCCGACGCACCAGCCGACGCACCAGCCGACGCACCAGCCGACGCACCAGCCGACGCACCAGCCGACGAAGCGAACGUCACGGGCGGGCGGCCGAGCGGGGGAAGGGGUGGCUGGUGCCGGACGCCGCGGCAGCCCGCGGACGUGAGGAGCGUGACGCUGAGCGGGCUGCUGCCCGAGGGGGCCCUGUACGAGGUGACGGUGCGGGCCCACACGGCGGUUGGCCCGGGGCUCUCGUCACUGCCCGUCCAGGCGCGCGCACACCACCACGCUGCCACCACCCUGCCCACCUCUCGUGGCUCCUCCCCACACUCGUCCGUGAUGUCUACGGGAGACGAGCCGACGUUCCGCGCCAGCGGCAUCAGCGCCUCCUCCAUCGGCUUGCUGUGCGUGGUGGUGGUGAUUGCGCUGCCUUCCGUGGUGGGGUGCCUCGUGUGGGGCCGACAGAGCGCCUCCAAGCGUCCCGCGGACGGGCGAGGAGGGAACGCCCAGAGCGUGGUCCCCAAGAGCGAUGCCGAGUGCAGCGGCGGCGUGGAGAUGACGAAGCUGCAGCACGUGGUGGUGGUGGUGGUGGAGGAGGAGACGUGAGGGGAGAAGGAGGCGAUGGUGGUGUAAUAAAAG